CCGUUGACAGAUCGAGCCAAGACGCGGACUGCAGCGGAUCGCGAAGUCAAUCCGCGCUCGCAAGCGUGUUUCGCGACAACAGCGGUUUUUUGUUUGUUUGUUUUGUUCGUUUCGCGUUUCGGUUGCCCUUUCGCGGGUUUAUACCGUAGCCUGACGACGGGCAGUGCAAACAUCCGAAUUUCUCAAGACACGGAAAGUGCUCCUAUUAAAGGGAGAAACAGUGUUUUUUUAGUGUGCUAGUGUACUUCACCGGUGUACUUAGCGUGAGACACGAAACAGUGGUACGUGUGCGUGCGUAAAGUUCUAUAUCGCGGCGUGGUUACCUGCUGUGCUUGAGUCGCGUUGUGUUAUAAAACGAAAUUUCUUGUUACACGUAUGAUUUCAUCCGCUACCGGAACUUGCCCAACAAGAGACGUCGCUGUAUAGUGUGCCAUUAAUCAUAAGCGGUGUAUGUGUGUGAGGUGAGAGCUUCCGCGAGGAUUAAAUCAUCGCCCACAAAACCAAGCUUCCAAUCUCGACCAGGUUUGAAGUGUGUUCUGAAGUGGUUCUGCCUCGUAAAAGGGAAAGUGCUUACGAUAAGCAAAAGAAAUAUCGGGCUGUGUUAUCGCGUAGGCCCCAAAUGUGGCGCUGUGAACGGUCGCUACCGCCAUGAGUGUCCGGGAUAUCAGUGGGACAGUGUUCAGCAAUCGGAUGGCACUGCACGAACGGCACCGGCCGCAUCAUAAUCUUCCGCGCGUCCGCGAAUCAACUCAAGUCGGUAGUUCCGCCCAAGACGCAGUGCCAAGAAUGUCACCUCCGAGCCCAUCCACAACAAUGGGCCUAAGCAAUGUAGAAAGUGAUGCUACCGGACCGGUUGGCGGUGUAGUGAUGCGUAAUCGGGUGUUCGAUCUGGACAAGAAUCGCAUCAAGUGUAACCGGAACCGGAUUUGGUCACGGCCGUCUAGUUUUUUGAGCUUUUUCAAACAGUCCCUCAGUUCUGCGACAGUUGUCAGCGGAGGAGGAGGAGAAGCAGGAGCCUCUUCAAAUUACAAUGAAAAUGUCAACAGACCACCCGGGAGCAAUGUGCCACCCUCGAACAGCAGCAUUCCACAGACUCCUAGUGAAGAAUCUCCCGUUGAUAGUGUCGAUUCGAAGGCUCCAGCCACUGGUGGUCAGCGCCUAGAUCUAAACAUGAUCCGCAAACUAGAAGAGGAGAUUUACAAGCGGGGCCGUGAGCAGCGGCCGGAUGCGGAAGCGAAAGAUUUCCACGAGUUCUACUUCAACAGUCGGCGACAUUCGGGUGGCGAGCGGAAAACAUUUACCAGCGACACGUCCGCCUUCAACGGUGACAAUCACCGGGCGGUGCUGCUGGUCGAUCCGAACGCGCUCGAGCCGAUACUACUCAAGCGCCCACUCAGCACGGACGAGACGCGGCUCGUAAUGAUGAUGAGUGAUGGUGCCGGUGCGACAACCGGCGACAAACCGGCACAAGACCCCGGGCCGGCAUUGCAUCAUCCAGCGGCGAGCGGUGGCGGAGGCAACAAAUCGAUCAUCAUCGUCGAUAACUCCGAGUACUACCCGGUGCUGAUGCGGUACGACAUCAACGCGGACGAAAUCGACCGGCAGCAGCAACAGCAGCAGCAGUACCGUCGCAAUCGGGCGGAGAUGCUUAAAAUAGACACUACCACAGGAGCGAGCUCCACAUCGUCCGCACCCACCGGUCGGCCGGUUGCGCCAAUCAACCUCCGUCGUCCGCCGUCUGGGCCGGACAGUGUAACGACAACGUCACCGUCCGCCGGGGGUUUCCCGAUGAAAAGUGACGAAAAGUUGUCAUCGUUUGCGUCCUCCUCGCUGUCUUCCUCGUUAAGUGGAGCAACCUCAUCAAGUGUAGAGCAUCCAUCGCCCCAGUCUUCCCUCGAGCUGCACGGACUGGCAGCUCCAAAGCAUCGUCCUCCACUGAUGGUACCGUCCACCCAGCCAGCAUCCGGAACGGGGGGUAGUGGAGGCCGCGGCAGCAAGAAACAGCUGCAACAGCGGACGGCGAAUCUGUUCCAACGGUUUCUGCAGCAUCGCCGCAGUCUUAACCUUUCCGUGCGCCGUAAACGAUGCCGACCUACGCACGAGUGUGCACACUUCAAGAACACGGAAGUCGCGCUUGGCCGAGCGCACUGGGCAGAUGUCAUCCUCGGGGGCAGUGGCAGCGGUAGCAGUACGGCGUACGGUGGCCACCAUUCGCGCUCCUCCGGUAACAAGGUGAAAUUUGAGUAUCUAAAGCGAAUGGCACGGUACGACUGUGAGGCUGGAAUGACAAAUGGUAGUUGCUACGCUGCCCGGAGGGUAAGACCCAACGGAAGCCAGAUGCGUCGCCGUGCCGCUAGUGAGCCCGAUCUGGUGUCGCGCACGAACUGGAAGAGCGAUGGCUUUGUGCAGCAUCUACAGCAUCAGCACCGUACGCUCUAUUGGAGCACGGGGGAUUUGGGCAGCCUCGGACGACUGAUGGAGCACGGGAAGAACUUUGAAAACAUCUUCGACAGUACUAGCGACAAUCUGUCCGCACGGUUGUCCGCUGCUGUGACGUCCAGCUCAAGUUCUUCCUCGGUUCCUCUGUCGGGUUCUGGUUCGUUAUCAUCCUACACGACCGCUUCUUCGAUGGGAAGUACCUCUAGUCAGCGUAUGCUCCAACGUCGGUUAGCGAGUGCUCUGCUGAAGUCAUCGAGGGAGCAUCAUCACCACAACAGCAAACCUCCACUGUCGUGCUCUUCUGUAGGGAAUUCCGGCUCAUCGAACUCAUCUUCCUCGUUGGUGGUCAACACUUCCGGCCAGUCCAGCAGUGGCAAUAUUCUGCGCAAAAAGUCCUCCUCCUUCCGGGGAGUACUGCGCCGCUCCAACACGCCGGACGUCGUCAAUACUUGGGUGUAUCGCAAAAGCUACGAUGGCUCAGGAAACGGUCUAGGAGAGCCCCCGUACCACCGGGGGCACGGUAGUCCACACGCCUCGCCAUCGCGGUACUCCUACAACAGCACUGCCAAAAGCCCGCUGCAGCAUUGGCGUACGUCUAGCGCCGGUGCGUCCGACUUCAAACGCAACUCACGUCUCCGCAGUUCGGCGAACGCCGCCGUGCCGGGUGCGACCGGGCAUCAUCAUCAUCACAACAUGGUCGAUCUGAAUGUGCCGCGUGGCCACUCGCCACACUUCAGCCCGUCCCGACAGACGACACAAACCGGCGACACGCAAACGCUGCACGUCUACCUGCCCAACCAUGGCUUCCGGAUGAUCCGCUUCGACGAGGCGUCGGACGUGCGUCAGAUCAUCAACCUGAUCGUCGGCUGGAUGUCGCCGGGCCAGAAGCCCAACCCGCAAAGCUACGCGCUUCGGCUGCGCCACAUGCUUACCAAAGAGGUCCUGUGGAUGCCACCGGACACGUCGAUGUCGCAGGUGAUGGCCCACAUCUACAACCCGUCCUGCAGCAAUGCGGACUGCCCGAACGUGGACAAGAGCACGAUCGCGAAGCGCAUGCAGCAGAAGACGAGCGGCGCGAUCGGGCACGCGAACAGCGUGUGGAAGGCGGAGCUGCGCGUCCGCUACAUCCCGAAGAACCUGAAGGAGCUGUACGAGCGGGACCGCACCACCUGCCACUUCUACUUCGACCAGGUCAAGCAGGACUACAUCCAGUCGAACGUGCCGCACAUCGAUCCGGAGAUCGCGGUCCAGCUGUGCUGCCUCGGCAUUCGCCACUACUACAAAGACACUAACCAUACCUCGAACGACCGGAAGCAGCAUCUCGACUACAUCGAGAAGGAGAUGGGCUUCGGCAACUUCAUACCGAAAUCUGUGAUAGAUACCAUUAAACAGAAGAAUCUGAAGAAGCAAAUCCAGGCGGGCUACAAGAAGGUGUACAGCUACAGCGAGAUGGAGUACAUGCUCAAGUUUUUCGACCUCCUCCGCACGCAGUACACGUUCGACCAGGAGCAGUUCAACGUGCAGCUGAGCAGCAGCUGGAACAUCCGCGUCGAUCUCAUCAUCGGGCCGCACGUGGGGCUGUCGUACUCGGUGAACCCGCAGGCGCCCCCGACAAAGGUGACGGACUUCGAGAGCAUCGAGCGCAUCACGACCAGUAUUCUGCCGACGUCGCUGACGAAAAGUGACCACCAGGGUGGGCGCGGUGCGAAGGGCAAGGAUCAGCCCGAUCUGACGAGCUCGUGCGGUAGCAACGCGUCCGCCGGAGAUGGUGCCGGUGACAAGGGCAAGAAGGAUGGCAAGAAGGGCGCGUCCGCGGGCGCCACCGGCAGCCAGUGCGCGUGUGGCGAGAUCAAGACGCAGCUGCGCAUACGCGUGAGCGGCAACAGCGAGGACCUGGCGAUCACGUGCGAUGGCAUCAAGACGUCCGAAAGCAUAGCCGAUCUAGUCGAUGGUUACUGUAGAUUAUUUAACAAAAACGAUAACAGCCUGUGGGAUCGUACCGUCAUACCAAAGGGAGGUGGUGCUGCGGCGGCCACGCCACCGGCCGGCAACAGUGCGACCAACUCGCUGGAAAAGAGUCAGCUGAAGAAAAGCCUGACCGAGUCGCAGACGUCCUCGACGGACCGGCACGGUUCGCGCUCGUCCAGCGCGGAUCGGCUGAACGGUGGCAGUGGAGGCGAGCUGGCCGAACCGCCGAAACCGACGCUCAACGAGGACUACGCGGAGCUGGGAAUGUGCGACGAGGAGGGCGACUACUCUACACCGGCCGCGCGGGACUAUGAGCUCGAUCGGUCGCAGAUCACGCUGAACGAGAUCAUCGGGGUGGGUCAGUUUGGGGAUGUGCACAUUGGGUCGUGUCGGCUGCCGAACAAGUCCACGCUGGUGAGCAAGCUGAACCAGUCGCUCACGUCCGAGUUUGACGAGUACUCGCAGAUGGACAACGGUAAUGCCGAUGCGCAGAAGACGGGCAUCAUCCAGGUGGCGGUGAAGACGUGCAAACCGGACGCGGACACUACGACGUCGGAGAAGUUCCUGCAAGAAGCAUACAUUAUGAAGAAGUUCGAGCAUCCCCACAUCAUCAAACUGAUCGGCAUAUCCAGCGGUCCGCCGAUUUGGAUCGUAAUGGAGUUGGCCCGCCACGGGGAGCUGCGAGCGUACUUGAAGAAGAACGGUCCCAAGCUUAAGCUGGGAACGCUUCUGCUAUACUCUUACCAACUCUCAACGGCGCUGAGCUAUCUGGAGUCGAAGAAGUUCGUUCACCGUGAUAUUGCCGCCCGCAACGUUCUGGUCAGCUCCCCGACUUGUAUAAAGCUUGCCGAUUUUGGACUCUCAAGAUGGGUUGAAGAUCAAUCGUACUACACUUCCACCAAAGGUAUGCUUCCGAUCAAGUGGAUGGCACCGGAAUCGAUCAACUUCCGCCGCUUUACAACCGCUAGCGACGUGUGGAUGUUUGGCGUCUGCACGUGGGAGAUACUCAUGCUUGGCAUCAAACCAUUCCAAGGCGUUAAGAAUUGUGAUGUUAUCGGUAAGCUGGAGAACGGCGAGCGUCUGCCGCUGCCGCCGAACUGUCCGCCGCGGCUGUACUCGCUGAUGUCACAGUGCUGGUCGCUGGAACCGCUCAAGAGGCCCAACUUUAAGAGCGUCAAGGAAACACUCUAUGAAAUUCUGAUGGAAGAACGGCACAGCGAUUGUGAGACGAUGCGCCGGGAGAAUCGACGUGUGGCGGCAAUGUCCUGGGGUGCUGGAGACGAUAUGGCACCACCGAAGCCUGCCCGAGGACCUACAAUGGGAGGAGAUGGUCCCCUCGUGCCGGGCGCACCCCAAACGUACAUCGUCGCCCGCGACCCAACCGUGCUGGCGGCGCUGAUGCGCGAGAACGAGCAGCGGGGCAUCAACCCGUCGUCCUACACGACACCGGCCUCCGCUCAACAGCAGCACCAAACGCAGCAACCGUACUACCCGCAGGGCAACUCGAUCGUCACCUACCAGCAGUACCAUGCGCAGCACCAGCAGGCCCUUGCCGCUGAAUACUAUCAGCAUCAGCAGCAGCAGCAACAGUACGUGAUGCAGCAAGCUCAACCGCAACAGGUCGGGCCGAACUACAUGCCGUACGGUGCGGCACCGGUGCAAACUGUCCAACCGGCUGCCGGUGCACAGUAUCAGCCAGCGGCCGCGUACGUUAAAUCACCCCAGCAGGAAGAUCAACCCGGUGGUACGAAGACGCGCAGUCUGGAGCGAAACGCCGCCGGUCAGAACAUUGUGUCGGCGUACGCCGCCCGCAUCAACUCGCUCGAACGGACGCGCCAGAUGAGCAUGGAGUACGGUAACUCGGUGAAGGCGAUGCGCUCCAACUCGCUCACCCGCCAGUACAGCGGUGGAAACCAGUCCGAUCUGUACCCGGGCGUUGGGCAUGGCGUACGCUCCGCAAGCUUGGAGCGCGGCGCCCAGAUGGCAUCGGCGGGCACUGUCGGUGGCAACAACGGGGCCGGCUACAUGAGCCGGAUGGGCAGCCUGGAGCGCAACCAGCAAACCGCAUCCCAGUCGAUCUUCCUCAACUCGAUGAAGGGUGGCAGCCUGGAGCGCAAUCAGUCGGCCGCCAUCGUGAACGAUAUGAUGAACAGCAAGAUCGCGUACAAGGGUGGCAGCCUGGAGCGCAACCAGCACAUCCUGCUGACCCGGUCCGGGUCGGCGGUGGGUAGCUUGGAGCGCAAUAUGCCGUUCCAGAACUAUCGCAGCCCGGUGGCGGCCGCCCCCAAGGAGCAGGAACCGUUCCAGGAAGAGAUUUACGACUUUGGGGGCGUGAAUGUGAAGUCUUGCGCGUCGAUUGCGCUGAAAAAGAGCGUUGAGAAGGGUAUGCUGCCGCCCAGCUCGUUGGCCGUUUCGCCUGGGUUGCCUCCCAGCAGUGGGGGCGCUAACUUUGCCCUUCCGCCACCGUACAGUUCGGCCAGCAAGCAACAACAGGCGGCUGCGAGUCAGCAGCAGGGCACACCGCAGCGCGCCAUGUGGGGCGGAACGGCCGGUGGCAAUAUUGGCAUGCAUCAGCAAAUGUACAUGCAGCAGCAGCAGCAGCAGCAGGGCCCGGUACAGCCGGCAGGACCGAUUAUUGGCAUUGCCUCGUCGCAGCAGGUGCAGAUUCCGAUGAAGAUUUCCCACAGCCAACCGGUACAGGCACAUCCAGUGCAACCGGUACAGCAGCUAGCGACCUCGGUCGCUCAACCCGUGCAGCACAUUCAGCAGCAGCAGCAGCAACAACAGCAACAAAUGGUCGAUCAACAACAACAGCAACAACCAGCACAGUUGCAGGAAACACAGCAGCAGCUGGAGGAGAAGCUGCGCAAACAGCAGCAAGAGAGCGAAAUCGAUUCCAAAUGGCUACAGCAAGAGGAGAACAAUCUCAAGAAACGGCUCAGCUUGAUUACGGCCAACGCAGCCAGCAUGUCGCUGGACCAGCCGCUUGGGGGCGGUGCACCGAUGGAGGGCAGCACGCCGCCCGUAAACGGCGGUGGUUCGUCCCUGUCCGGCAGCUACCAUUCGCAGCAGAGUCCACACUUUUCGCCCCAAAACACCAUGUCCGGACCGCAAAGUUUGGGUGAUCACUAUCCCACCACACCGAACACGAGCGAUUCGAGGCCUCACACACCAGGAUCGGGCGGCGGUGGCGGUGGCGGCGGUAUGAUCAAAUCGAAGAGCUCCUCGAUGGAGCGCUGCACCACGCCACAGUCGGGCGACGAGAAGUUUGCGGUGAAGAAGGUGGAACCAACCAAAACGAUGCCGCUCGAUCGGACGAACGAUAUGGUGUAUAAUGCCACGACCAGUGUGGUGAAGUCGAUCAUGGCCCUCAGCCAGGGUGUGGAUCGGGCACAGGCGGCCGAAUAUUUGAAUCUGGUGCGAAACGUCGGCUUUGAGCUGCGCGCCCUGCUCGGGGCGGUCGAUCAGCUGUCGGCCAACUUUCCUCCACAGCGCUACAAGGAAGUAGAGAUGGCACACAAAGUAUUAUCCAAAGACAUGUAUGAACUAGUUACGGCCAUGCGGCUGGCGCAGCAGUAUAGCGAAACGACACUGGAUGCCGAGUAUCGAAAAAGCAUGCUGUCGGCGGCUCACGUACUUGCAAUGGAUGCCAAAAACCUGCUCGACGUCGUCGAUUCCAUUCGCGUGCGCUACCCGAACCUCUUCCCACAGCAGCAGCAGCCGCAACAACCGAGCGCACCGUCGAGCCCAACGCAACGGCAACAUGGUGCCGCCACCUCAGUCACAUCCGCAGUCCAUCCGUCCAACACACCCCAAAUGUUUGCCCAGCAGCAGCAGCAGCAUUCCUUCGAUCAGUCGCAACUGCUCAUGAUGGGCGAUUGCUAUCAGAAUCUGCAACCAAAGCAACCGAUGCUGGCGCACAGCUCGCCACCGACGUCGCUCACACAUUCCUAUGAACCGGGAGGCCUCUCCUCCUACCAGCAGAGCGGUAUCUACGACAAUGAGUGUAUCAUCAGCAGCCAGCAGCAGCAACAGCAGCAGCACCAGUCUGUCGAGGUUGCUGGCAAGCUAAAGAAACCGGCCAUUGCCGCGAAACCGCCCUCGGUUGUGGCGAUGGCCUCGGUGAAGCUGAAACCCGUCGCUACGGGCUCGCUGGACGUACCGGACGCUGCCGGAGGGGAGCUGUACUCCAACGCACCGCACGCAACGUCGCCCGGACCGAACGGUGCCAACGCGGACAUUAAGCUGCCCGAUCCCGUCUCGUGCACGAUCGUGCAGGAAAAUUUGCUUGCCGCCAACAACCAGAAGGUCAUGGCCACGAACAAGCUCAGCGGUUAGGGUGGUUACACAAAAUGCGAUCGUUGGUUUGAGAUUGCUUCAUGCUCAUCAUACUCAUUUAUUUUCCCCAAUUAUGAUGUUGUGCGUGCUUUUUGCGAGGUAUCUUCUUUUUUUUUAGAAAAGAAAAUAGUGAAAUAAUGAAACUGUACGUGAACACGCAGGCUGAUAUGGCAUAUAGAGAACGCUAUGGUAGAGAAGAAAUGCUCGCUAAUAUAACCUCUCGUCAGUACAGUACUUGAAAUCGAAUCGAACUGCUUGGUAAGGUGAUAGCUUCUUACCGUACGAUAAGCGUAGGAUGGAUCUAGAAACGUAGAAGCAAACAGUUAUCGCAUAAAAAGCUGAAAUUUCCGGAAACGAUGCAAUUGUGAAGAGAAACAGAAAGGUAGGAAGAGUCAUUUGCACACCUGCCGGACUGCGUGUACGCUAGAUAUGCUAGAAUUAAAAGCAUAAUUUUAUUGUAUUAGUUCGGAAAAGCGCUGCAUAAUUAUGUUGGUGUAAGCCUAUUCCACGCUGAGGCGCAGUAUGACGGCAAACCAAUAUGAUGACCAUGAUAAUAAUGACACGCAAGGAGAUAUCAUCGUUUGUGAAUGGAAGGGAUUUUUUUUACAAUAAAAAAGAGAACAAUUAUGGACAGACAUGAAACUUAAAAGCACCUGUGAGCGUGGAGACGUUUGACAAAGAAAAGUGGGAGUAUGGAAAGAUUGGGCCCUUGACCUUUUGUAAAAAAAAAGAAGCUGCGGGGAAUUGAGAUGUAUUUAACAAACCUUUCAAACAUAUUUAAUUGCAUUAACCAAGCUACACCUACAACUGAAUAGUGCUUUGAUGCGUCAUUUGUUCAUUUGUAUUAACGCUUUCUUUUCGACUUUCUAUGCAGCAACGCAACGCACAAGAUAGAAAAGAAACGAAACUUUACCCCCGAAAAUGGACCAUUUUUCGCUAGGAAUUGUUUGCCUAAAGAACUAACCAACCAACCAACCAACCAACCACCACUACUACUAUUACUACCACCACUGCAAAGACUUACAUUACAAUCAAUAAUAACACUACAGAGUGCGCUUAGGUGCGUACGCUAGGGAAGGUAGAUACGUUUUUUAAACUCAACUCUUUUCCUACCACCUCUUAGAGUGUGUUUGAGAUGCUUUGUAUUUCGGUAUGUUUUUAUGUUCGUAGUGAAAUUCGUUCGUUAACCACCGAUGUGUGUGUUUUUCGAACGACUAAACAGUGCAUUUCCAUUGUAAGAUUUUGAGACUUUUUAUACAGUGUAAGUAGAUGCGGGCGGUGGGAAAAAUAGAUAUCGCAUAGGAAAUGGUUUGCCUUUCUUUUGUGUGGUGUUAUCCAACACUCAUCUUAGCUUUGCUUUUCGAUCUUUCCAAGUAGUUUCAACGAUUAAUAGCUCUCGUGUUAACAACUUUUUCGUUUUAUGUGUUUGUUUUUUGUUUUUGCUUGCUAUAGCCAAAUAGUGCUGUAAUGCUCAGUCUAAUUAACACUUAUUUAUAUAUCUUUAUCGAAAUAACACUCCAAAUAAACUACGUACGUACGGGAGAUUCGUUUUUGUGUUUAAAUGUGUGAGCUGUGUGUGAGUGUUUCACCGUUUUGUGUCGUACAAUUACAUUUAGCCCCCCCAAAACUAACUAUUCAGCUAACAGCAAACAUAUACUCCCAAAAAACUUGUUAUAAACGAUGCUGGCGGCUUUAAAGGCGUUCGAAAGGGGGAAAAAAUACCGAAAAACGAACCUUUUGCAGUAAUUAAUAACACAUUCCAACAAGAGGUGUUUUGAUAAUAACUCUCUGCUCUGCUUUGCAUUACUCUGCAUAUAGCGCAACGCUUGGGCAUAGGAAAUGCGCAUUUUAAUAGCUUCAAAACUCGAGUAAUGAACGCUAAACAACUCC